CAACUGAGAGGUCCCGACACGAUGGCGGCGAUGGCGGCGGCAAUGGCGGCGGCUCUGCGGGGCCCGGGCCGGCGCUUCCGGUGGCGGACGCAGGCCUUGGCGGGAGGGGUGCGGGGUGCGGCUCGGGGCGUGGCAGCAGGACAACAGAACUAUGAUCUCCUGGUGAUUGGUGGGGGAUCUGGUGGCUUGGCUUGUGCCAAAGAAGCUGCUCAACUGGGAAGGAAGGUGGCUGUAGUAGACUAUGUGGAGCCCUCUCCCCAAGGCACCAAGUGGGGCCUUGGUGGCACCUGUGUGAAUGUGGGCUGCAUCCCCAAGAAGCUGAUGCAUCAGGCGGCACUGCUUGGGGGCAUGAUCCAGGAUGCCCACCACUAUGGCUGGGAGGUGGCUCAACCCAUCCGGCAUGACUGGAGGAAAAUGGCAGAAGCUGUGCAAAACCAUGUGAAGUCCCUGAACUGGGGGCACCGUGUCCAACUGCAGGACAGAAAAGUCAAGUACUUUAACAUCAAAGCCAGCUUCAUCAAUGAGCACACUGUUUGUGGCAUCGCAAAAAGUGGGAAAGAGACUCUGCUCUCAGCUGACCACAUCGUUAUUGCUACUGGAGGACGGCCGAGGUACCCCACACAUAUUGAAGGUGCCUUGGAAUAUGGAAUUACAAGUGAUGACAUCUUCUGGCUGAAGGAAUCCCCUGGAAAAACGUUAUAUGGGCCACAAUCAGUCAUCUUUUUGAGUAUUUAUUGGCUGUAUUUGAAAUUGAGAGUGUGUUCUAUAAGCAUGUUGGUGGUUGGGGCCAGCUAUGUGGCACUGGAGUGUGCUGGCUUCCUCACUGGGAUUGGACUGGACACCACUGUCAUGAUGCGCAGUAUCCCCCUUCGGGGCUUUGACCAGCAAAUGUCUUCUUUGGUCAUGGAGCACAUGGAGUCUCAUGGCACCCAAUUCCUGAAGGGUUGCAUCCCCACCUGCAUCAAGAGGCUUCCAGAUGGCCAACUCCAGGUUACCUGGGAGGACCGCACCUCUGGCAAGAAGGACACAGGCAUCUUUGACACUGUCCUGUGGGCCAUAGGUCGAAUUCCAGAAACCAGAAAUCUGAAUCUGAAGGAAGUUGGAGUGAAUAUAAACCCUGAGAAUCAAAAGAUCAUUGUUGAUGCCCAGGAUGUCACCUCUGUCCCCCACAUCUAUGCCAUUGGAGAUGUUGCUGAGGGGCGGCCUGAGCUGACACCCACAGCUAUCAUGGCAGGGAAGCUUCUGGCCCAGCGGCUCUUUGGACAAUCCUCAGACCUGAUGGAUUAUAACAAUGUUCCCACUACUGUCUUCACUCCAUUGGAAUAUGGCUGUGUGGGGUUGUCAGAAGAGGAGGCUGUGGCUCGCCAUGGACAAGAGCAUAUUGAGGUUUAUCACGCAUAUUAUAAACCACUAGAGUUCACAGUGGCUGAACGAGAUGCAUCCCAGUGUUACAUAAAGUUGGUGUGCCUGAAGGAGCCCCCACAGCUGGUGCUGGGCCUGCACUUCCUCGGCCCCAACGCUGGUGAAGUUACUCAAGGAUUUGCUCUGGGGAUCAAAUGCGGGGCCUCGUAUGCACAGGUGAUGAGGACAGUGGGCAUCCACCCCACCUGUUCUGAGGAGGUGGUCAAGCUACGUAUCUCCAAGCGCUCAGGCCUGGACCCUACUGUGACUGGCUGCUGAGGUUAAGCCAUCAUCCCUGCAAGGCCAAGGGUACACGACAUGCUGCUCCCCACUGCCAAGGCUCCUAAAAAGCCCAGAUCCAGGACUAGAAGGCGAGAAUUGGAUGAGUCUCUUCCCCUCUUCUGUUUGCAUGGGAGCAGCGUGUAUCUGCACAGAUGGCUGGUGUGCCCUGCAGGGAUGGCUCCAGGGGUAGUCAGCCCCUUUCUCCUCUUCUACCUGGGCUAGCGCCACUGCCCAACCCAGACCCCUAAAUGCCAAAUGAUGACGGCCUGGGCAGAAACCCACUCUGUGGGCUGCCCAUGUCCGAGCCCCCUGGCGUUUCUGGAUUGUAAAUAAAGAGGAUGU